GGAAGUGACGAUCUAUUGCCGUCACCAAGCCGGCACAAUGACGUCGCCAAUCUGCUUUGGUACUUCCUUCCAUUUCGUUUCCAGUCGUGAAACGUGCUCGUGUUAUAUUUCGGCGUGUCCCACGUUUCGUGUCGUGAGAGACUUAAAAAAUGCGUUACGUGGCCGCUUACCUUUUGGCUGUCCUGGGUGGCAAGGAAUCGCCAUCCCAAGGUGACAUCGAAAAGAUCUUGUCCUCCGUAGGAAUUGAAGCUGAUGUUGAAAAACUGAAGAAGGUCAUUUCUGAACUCAAGGGAAAGCCCAUCGAGGAUUUGAUCAACGAAGGCCGUGGAAAGCUGUCUUCAAUGCCUGUCGGAGGUGGUGCUGCUGCGCCAGCUGCAGCAGCUGCAGCUGCACCUUCUGAAGAAAAGAAAGAAGAGAAGAAGGCCGAGAAGAAGGAGGAAUCCGAGUCUGAGGACGAUGACAUGGGAUUCGGUCUUUUCGACUAGAAGCUCUACCAUCAACGAAAACGGACAAGAAUUUAUUCUGCAGCAGCAGAGGCCAAUAUAUGUACUGUCAAAGAGUAUAUAUCCAGAAGUACAAAUAUCACUAUUAUUUGUAUAUUUUAUACACAUGUGACUCCUGCUGGAGAAUAAAUGAUUUUAAGUUUUAA